AUGGCUCUGUAUUACAGUGACAAUCUCCCUUACACCCAUGAGGUACAAUAAAAUCGGUGUUAAACCUUCACAUGCAGAACACAUUAUUUCACAUGCUGAGGGAAUUUUAACUACAUGAAGCAUUAAAAUUAAGUUAAAGGAUCAAGCAAGACUAUUGCACCCUUAAUGUUAGUAUAACCUUAUAUAACUAAAUGUUUGCUAUAGGUUGGGCUGAAAUUAUUUUAAAAUUCUUCAUUAAAAAUUUCAAAGACAAGCUUUCGAGAAUUUUCUUUCUUCCUCAGGUCUGAAGCAAGAACUAAUCAAUCUAAAAAAACAAAACAAAAAAAACCAAGAUUGUCAUCUAGAUAUUUAUGUUUGUAAGCUUUUUUGCAUGAAGAGGCCUCCAUAGUAAUUAAUGGAAGAAGUUUAAAUAUCUAAAGUUAGAAUUGUUUUUCUAAUUCAUAAUUUUCUGCAAGUAUAUAUGUCUAUAGAUAUAAUGCAAAGGUCUGCAUGUUUUCUUAAAUAUUUGUUUGCAUUCAAACACUUUCUAGACCUUCUCUUCAGUCCCUCUGUCAUUUUCUGGCUUUUGAUUUUGCUGUACAAGAAAUUAAUAAUGACAAAAACCUUCUACCAAACACCACCCUGGGGUAUUCAAUAUAUGACACUUGCAUCUUUCAAGAUAAAGCACAGGAAGUCACACUAAAAAUUCUAUCAGGAGGAAGCAAGCACCCCUUCAAUUAUAAGUGCAACAAAAAGAAUACAGUUGUGGCUUUCAUUGGACAUUUAUUCUCUUCAGUAACACGCUCAGUGGCAGACCUCCUCUCCAUCUAUGGCUACUCACAGGUGAGAGAAUUAGUAUUCUUUUUUUUUAUUAUUUUUUUUGCCUUGUUAUAAAAUAUUCCAUUAUAGAUCAAGCUAAAAACAUUUGGCCUAAUGACUGAAAUGAGCAUACGUUUUAAUGGUAGACAUGUGGCUAUUGAAACUACAGAAGAGUUGCUUUAAAGCAGUCAACUAAGUGCUAUGAACCAAUGCACAUAGGACACAUCCAUUACAAUGUAACAAACUUAAUUAUACUGAAAAGCAAACAGUUGCUCCAUCAUUUGGCGUCAUUUGGCAUGGGACACACAUAGUAGCAACAUGAGAGAUUGAAAGGAACACACCAACCACAUUUUAAUAGUUUAAUAGAUACACCACCAAUUACAAUAUGCAUGCAUUUAUUGCUGCAUUUUUUUCACUUGAACAAGCUGCAAGAUUUGCUUUCUGCAGCCUUUGUAAGCACUUCUAUUUUUUCCAAGUACAAACUGUAUGUUGCUGUCCAAUCACAGACUUCCCAAUACAGCUCAAUGAGAAGUCUUUGCUAGGCAGAUGCACUAAGCAAUUGCUGCCUCUUGAGCUAAACUAUUGGGAACUAUUUUUUAUUGACAGUCAGGAGGGUUUAACAAAGUUAUUUUAUGAAUGAGCUAAUUUCUUUUGAAAUCUGUAUUUUUUUCUAAAAUUAAAAAUAUAGAAAACACUCUUCUCAUAUGAAGCAUUUCAGUAAGCUAAAAUGCUUUGGGUGGUUUUUUUUUUUUUGUGUUCCUUUAAACAUAACCAAACAUGGCUCUGUAUUACAGUCAUAAUCUCACUUACACCCAUGAGGUACAAUAAUCGGUGUUAAAACCUUCACAUGGAGAAAAUAUUAUUUCACAUGCUGACUGGUUUUGCAGAGAGAAUUUUACCUGCAUGAAGCAUUAAAAUUAAGGUAAAGGAUCAAGCGAGACUAUUGCUCCCUUAAUGUUAGUAUAACCUUAUAUAACUAAUUGUUCACUAUAGGUUGUGUUGAAAUUAUUUUAAAAUUAUUUUUUUCUUUUAUUUUUAUGUACAUUCUUUGCUGGCAUGAUAUGUAAGUGAGUUAGCUGAGUGCAUAUAAAGGAAGUAUUCAUGAAGCCAAGCCAUAAUAAUUCAAGAAAACAUACCAUAAUUUAUACUGCAAAGGGGAGUCUAGUAAUCUUAGUCUUUGAAACAGAAGCCAAAGUUGUUUCUAGACAUCAGUCUGUGUUCUUUAGAUUUGUGAGAAAUCUUAUAAGGAUGCUUGUGUCACUAAUAGAUCAAAGGUAGGCUUCAAUUUAAAAUAAUUAAUGUAAACUGACAGCCACUAGAGGCAUUUUUUCAUUGAUGGCUUUCAAUUAUGCGCUGCAUGUUGCUACAUAACACAGUAAACACAUCUCAUAGAGUAGCAAUAGAUUCAGUGCUUCUCUACGAGAAGUAUACAGUUCGCUAGGCACAGGGAUUGCUUGGCCCAGUCAGUCUCCAAUGCUUCUCUGCAAGUAGCAUUGGAUUGCAUCAGAGAUAAUAAGUGGAAGAGGAGACUGCCUGCUAGUGGAUUACAGGUGAACAACCUUUUUUAUUUUAAAAAGGGGAAAACAAAAAUCCCCAUAAAUUCUUUAACAAUAAAAUUAAGUACAUUUUUAAUAUUAAUGUUAUCAUUUACUUUACUUUUUAUUUGACAGAUAACUUACGGAGAUAACAUUGAGAACUUCCAUGACCGAGUUUCCUAUCCAUCACUUUUCCAUAUAAGCCAUGGGUUCAAUGUAUAUAGUAAUGCAAUUAUUGCACUGCUGAAACACUAUAAUUGGACAUGGAUUGGAAUACUAUACUCAUCAAAGGACACUAGCGAGGCAGCAAGCCAGCAUUUUAGAGAAGAGAGUAUUAAAAAUGGAAUUUGUGUUGAAUUUAUCCUAAACACACCAGAAAUAAUUAAUACUUUUAGGUACACAUCAAAUGUUAUUAUUAUAUUUUCACUUGAAGGCUACCUGGAAAGCAUUUUAAAUGUUUUUAUAUCACCACUUAAACUCAGAGAGAAAAUACUAAUUUUAUCAUCAGACCCAUAUACCGACGAAUAUUGUAAAAACAAUAAAUUAUGUGUAUUUUUGAACAGAACGCUUCUCUUUAUGCCAACUAAAUCAUAUAUUCCAGGUUUCAAAGAAUUUUUCUAUAAUGCUAGCCCUACAGUUUAUAAGAAGAGUAUACUCUUACAACGAGUUUGGUUGCAGUAUUUUAGCUGUCUUCCAACAGCUGAUUAUGAUAUAGAUGUCAGAUAUCUGUGCAAGAAAAAUUUCUCACUCCGUUCAAUUCCUAACAUGGAGUCUGAUGCUGAAAAUGAUCAGGCAACAUAUAACAUAUACAUGGCAGUCCAUGCAAUAGCUCAUGCUUUGCAUAAAAUGUAUAUCAACAAAUCUAAUAAUGGGAGGAUUGAACAUUAUCACUCAAGACAGGUAGGUGUUCAAAUUCGGAGAAAAUGUAUCAAUUCAUUACAAAAUAGAAUGUUCAAAAAUGAUAAAAUACUUAAAAAUAAUAAUAUAUUAUUCUGGAAGGAGAAUUUAGAUUGUAGAAACAUGUUACUGUACAAACUAAUAACUGAAUAACUUUGCUAAACCAAAAUAUGAUGCUUCAAAAUGUAAGGUUUAUUCAGGCACACCAAAGGCAACAUUUUAUCUUUGAUUAGGUCUUUGUCAAGUUAUUUUAUUUUAUUUUUUACUUAAAUGUAUUUAUCAUUUCUCUUUGCAUAUUAUUUUAGCUGAGUAAAUAUUUAAGAAGCCUGCAUUUCAACACAUCAUCUGGAAAAGAUUUUUAUUUUCCGGAGACAGAAAAUGCUAACGUACAUUUUGAAUUGAUUCAGCAUAUAAUAGUUGAAAACAAUGUAGUUAAAAAAAAUCAUGUUGGAGAUUACAUUUUGCCUGAGAAAGGAGAAACAAAACUCUUAAUCAAUGAGAGCACAAUUGCAUGGUCAUCAAACUUUCAUAGAGUGAGUAAUAUUUAGAGAAGCAAUAAAUAUUUUUGUACUGUCCACUCAUGCAUGAGCUAUGUAAAAGCAAAAAUCUAUUAAUUGUUGAGUAAUAUAUGUAAGACAAAAUAAAAAAGAUCCAAUGGUGGAGUAUAUUUCGAAACUGAAUAAGAAAAAAAAAGACAAUACAUUUUACAAAGAUUCAGGCCAGCUCUGUGGUGUAAGCUUGAGCAGUACAAUCCUUGCCUUCGGAUAUAUAGAUACAGUGGUACCUCGGUUUACAAACGCCUCGGUUAACAUCAUUUUUGGUUUACAAAUGAAAAUCCAUUGAAAAUAAUGCCUCGGUUUACAAAAAAUUUUUCGCAAUACAAAGCAUGUUUCCCCAGGAUGCAUUGUGCCUGAAAGGUUUAUAGUGCCGCCCCAUGCAUGCUGCAGUCUCUGGGUAGCACGUGGCGUUGAGUGUGGAGGUGUUGGAGAUGUUGGAUCGUGGAGCGGAGACACUUACCAUGUGGUCUGCAGCUCGGCACGUGGUGGAGCUGCAGACCAGAUAAACAGAUCACCGAACCACAAGGGAAAGCUGCCCACCUACAGCAGGGAAAGCUGCCCAGUGGACCACCAAGGAAUAGAUAAAAAAGAAAAGAAAAAAAAAAGGUAUUUCUUAUAGGAAAACCCCUCUCCACACUCUAUAUCACACCCAUCCACACUAUAUUGCCCCCCGAUUCACGUUAUAUCGCCCCCCCCACACUAUAUUACCUCCUACACACUAUAUAACCCCCUUCUCCACAUUAUAUCACCCCCUCCACAAUAUAUCACCACCCUGCUCCCCACUAGAUUACCCCUCUACACUAUAUCACUCAUUCCACACUAUGUCACCUCCUCCACACUAUAUCACCUCCCCUCCACACUAUGUCACCCUCUCCACACUAUGUUACCCUCUCCACACUAUGUUACCCCUCCACACAAUGUCACCCCCUCCAUGCUAUGUCAACCCCCACCACACUAUGUCAACCACCUCCCCUCCACACUAGAUCACCCCCAGCUCCACACUAUAUCACCCCUCCACACUAUGUUAUCCACCCAGCUCCGCACUAUAUCAACACUCCACACUAUGUCACCCCCUCCACACUAUGUCACCCCCCUACACCCACACUGUCACUCCCCCUCCACACUAUGCCACCCCCUACACCUACACUGUCACUCCCCCUCCAAACAGACUCUUACCGCAGUCACCCCCACUUCACACACGUGUUCCUGACUUUAACACACACACUGUCACCCCUCCCCCCCACACAUGGUAACCAUCCUUCACCCUGCCACCUUUACUACUCCUGAUCCUGUCACACUUUUAUUACUGUACUUUUUGACAUAAACCUACAUUUCUAUAAAAAUUUAAGUUUUAGUUUUUUGUGGCCCACAUAAACUUAAACCUUGUUUGUGGCCCAUGUUAGCCUUUGAGUUUGACAUGUUUGCUCUAAAGCAUUAACCUUAUUAUGCAUAGUUUUAUGUCAUAAAUCAUUAUUUAACAUCACCACAAGUGGGUUAUAUGUGAAAGGGUGAGUGCGGCAUUGUUGGAGGGGAGGAGAGUACGGAAUUGUUGGAGUGGGUGAGUGUGACAGGAUCAGGAGGGGUUAAGAUGGCAGGGUGAAAGAGUGGCAGGGUGUGUUAAGGUGGUGACCAUGUGUGUGAAGAGGGGGUGACUGGGGUGAGAGUGUGUGUGGAGUGGGGUGACAGUGUGGGUGUAGGGGGGUGACAUAGUGUGCAUAGUGUGGAGGUGGAUGACAUAGCUGAGGGGGUUAUAUAGUGUGGAGCUAGGAUGGUGACAUUGUGUGGAGGGGUGAAAUAGUGUGGAGCUGGGGGAUGAUAUAGUGUGGAGCUGGGGAGGUAAUAUAGUGUGGAUGGGGUGUAGAGGGGGGUGACAUAGUGUGGAGAGGUGACAUAGUGUGGAGGGGUGACAUAGUAUGGAAGGGGUGAUAUAGUGUGGAGCAGGAUGGUGGUAGUGUGUGGAGUGGGAGAUAUAUUGUGGAGAAAGGGGGUGAUAUAUACAUACAAUAUAAGGUGGAGAAUAUAAACAAUAAUUCUUCCAGUGAUAGAUGUGAGAACAUUUUCCUUUAGUAGUUCUUCCUAAAGUUUAAACAUAAAUAAAAAGACAUAGUGCAAUAUAGCCAAUUCUCGGUAUAUUAGUGCAAUAUAUAGGAGGUAAAGCACUCACAAACACGGAGCCAAUGUAAAGGCUCAAGGAUGUAGCUCUGUGGGUACUACAGGGACCCACUUCCUUCAUGCUACUGUCUGUGGUGUCCAAAUGAUAGGAUGUCCUCUCAGGAUGUAACAAAAAUAAAGUGCUUUAUUUGAAAGUGCACAAAAGUAACAUAAAAUGUAUUAAAAUAAAUGGAAAACCUUACAGUCUCAAAGGUUGGUCCUUGUAUAAGGUGCAAAACGUAUUUCGCCUCGUUUAGAUGCUUUCUCAGUUGCUGGUUUGUGUUGUUGGGUGGUCCGUUUUAAAUAUCCCCCCCUUUGGCGGUCUUUUUCGGCGUUCUUAGCCGGCCGUGAUUAAAUUCCAAUUCCGCUUCCGGUUUCGGCUUUUGCGUUCAGGCCGUGGAACACAAACGUCACGUGACGCACUCUGUGAAACGCAGGCGUCACGUGACGCACUCUGGAAUGCUUACAUGCGUUUCAAAGCUCCGGUCCUCGAUAAUUAAGUCCUUCUCCAGAAAAAAGGGGCUCAUGUCACAGUCUUUAUAUAAAAAGAAGCAUACUCCAUAUGUGUUAUAUGUUAGUCCUUUUCCCUCUAGGUGAAUACAUAAACUAAUAAAUAUCUUAUAACAAUAUGUAUACUUAUAAAGAAAAAUAGCAUCACUAUGAAUAAUAUAGAUGGAAGAACAGAUUAAUAAAUUCAUUCAUAUUAAGAUUAAGAUCAAUUAAAAUCAAUAUUAUAAAAAUCAAUAAUAUUAAAAUAAAUAAACAUUAUAAUAAUUUCAUAUUUGUAUGAGGAAAAAAAAAAUUAAAUAAAAUUCUCAAAAAGUUUAUAAAAUUAUUAUUAUUAUUUUACGUGUCAGUCUCUUCAUUUACCUGUCAGAGCACUCUGAUUGGAUGGCUUAAACCCACCAAUCAGAGUGCUUUGAGCCUAACUGCAGGGUGGGGCAAGGCUUUAUAAGCCCUGCCCCGCCCUGCAGAGCUCAGUCUGUGUGGAGCCCGCCAUCGGUGAAGAUGGAUUAUAUUUUUUGCGCUUGGGUUUUUUUUUUUUUUUUUUCAAAGAGUGACGGUCGUUAAGGAUUUUUAUUUGGCCUUUUCUGGGGCUGAAAAAAGAAGAUUUUAGAAAAAAAGAAGAUAUUAAAUGGUAAGUUUAAUUUUUAUUUCUUUUCAGGUACCUAGUCCCGAAGUUCCGAAGUUCUGAAUUGCCGAAGUCCUGAAUUUCAGAAUGCUGAACCUAACUGAAAAUUUUCCCCAUGCACAUCCCUAUUACCUAGCACUUAUUAUGUUGGUUACUUGCCUGUGACCAGUCUACAUUAAUCCCCUAAUAUUUAUCACUGCCACUCUAGAAUUAUCCUUUUAAAGCCCCUGUUGAGAAGAAGAUUACAAAAAAUUAUUAACAUGUGUGCUGAAUUGAAGCAUUUAUUACAUUUUAAAGCUAUACAGGCACUUUUAUUCACACAACAUUAUUAUUAACAUACCUAUUAUAACCAAAGAAAUUGUUGUGGCCCACCAUAAUGCUUAGGCACUGCAACAAAAAUGUUUAACCAGCUUCAUGUUACAGAUUCUUCAAGACAUACCCAACUCCAAACCAAACAAAUAGUAAAUGCAUUUCACCUAUUGCUAUCAGUCACUACGUAACAUCAGUUCCAAACAUCUGACCCACACAUGAUUAUUAUUAUUAUUAUUUUAUUAUUUAUAUAGCACCAACAGAUUCUGUAGCGCUAUACAAUAGGUGGACUAACAGACAUGUAAUUGUAACCAGACAACUGGACGUCCAGGAACAGAGAGGUGGAGGGCCCUGUUCAAUUAGUUACAUUCUAGAGGGAGUGGGGUAUAGUGACACAAAGGGUAAAAUUAGGGGUAUGAAGUAGAUUGUUAGACAAGUAUUCACUGAGGGCUUAGUAGGUCAUUUUGACAGUUGCAGGAGAGGAGUAAUGGGGGGUGGGGGAUAAAAACCUGCUAACAGUUUAAUUGCUUUCAUGAAGAAGUGAGUUCUCAAUGAUUUUUUGAAUGAGUCUUAUGGAGAAGGGAAGGGAAUUCCACAGAGGAGGUGCAGCCCUGGAGAAAUCUUGGCGAGCAUUAGAGGUGGGAGUACGGACAUAGGAUAUUCGCAAGUCUUUGGCAGAGCAUAGGGGCCUCGACGGGACAUACUUGUGUAUUAGGGAGGAUAGGUAGCUUGGAGCAGCAUUAUGUAGGGACUUCUAAGCAAGCACCAGAAUUUGAGCCCUAUAUCUAACUGGAAGCCAAUGCAGGGACUGACAGAGCGGGAAGGUGUGGGAGGUGCGAGCAGACAGGAAAAUGAGCCUCACCACCACCUUCAUUAUAGAUUGCAAUCUGGGAACAUGUAAGACCACUGAGAAGGGGAUUGCAGUAGUCAAGGCGAGAGAGAACAACAGCAUGGACCAGCACCUUAGCCGCAUCUGAUGUUAAAUAGGGGCAGAUGCACGCUAUGAUUUUGAGAUGGAAGCACAGGAUUUAGCAAUUGAUUGGACAUGAGGGGUGAAGGAGAAGUUGGAGUCAAAAAGAACACCCAGGCAGCGAGCCUGCGAGGUAGAGGUGACGGUAGCGCCUUUGAUAACAUGAUACUCCAAAAAUUCUCCCUUCACUGUGCCAAAAAAAACUGGGCAACCCAUUUACCUAAAUGAACUUAAUCAAGUCAUUAAGGAGGCUCAUUCUAUUGAAAACUAUAUAGGACUUCCUACAAUAAAAUGUUUCCAAAGGCUUCCCAUAUGCACAUCCACUGACGAAAAUUACUUGUAAAUGUAGAUGUAAAAUUAUUCACAAACCGUACAGAGGCUUUCUCCCACUUCUUCGAAGGCUAGUUCACUAUGAUCAGACCUGAUUUAUAACUUUCCAUGGAACAAACAAUACUAUUAUUUAUCAGUUUUCUCCAUAAUGUCACACUACUGUCCUUUCUUUUUUGCUUUAUAAAAAGGGUUUUUAUAAGGUGGACUGAUAUCUACAAUUUGAAAGUCAUUUAAAAAAUAAAAAAGAGAAGUAUUGGAAUUUAACAUACAUUGAUCUAAAAUGUCUCAAUUCAAAUGAUUUUCAAUGGACGAAACAGUCCAUCAAAUGUCUAGGUAUAUGUUUUACAUCUUUAAAGCUCAAUUUGUCUCAUUAUAAAAAACUGAUUCUUGCCCAGCUUGUUGAAGUGGUAGAAUUGACAUCAUAAUUAUCAUUAUUUUGCCCAGAAUACUAGUUUUAAUUUAAAUACUUUAAGAACUGGUUUCAUCCACUUUCUUAAUUUUUUUUACUUGGGCUUUUAGUUUCCUUUUAUUUUUCAAAAUUCCUGUAUUUAGGCCAAAAAACCUAAAACACAAUUACCAUAUACAGUACCAUCUUCGUGAGACCUAAAGACUUAGGCAGAUUAUGUAUUACAAACAUUUACGUCUAUUAUCUAACUUCUAUGUUAUAUAAUGCCAUGCUAUACAAUUUGUAAAUGGUCUAGAAACGAUUCUACUAAAAUUUUGUGGAAGGUUCUUUCCUGCAAGUAUCCCUGUAUACAGCACUGCUGCAUUCCCUUGACAACUAUCUCCCCUACUUUACUACUUGAGACAGAUAUGGGUUUAAAGGGACUUACAUCUGAACAAAACUUAUUUUUGCCCAUUGCCCUUUCAUCUUUUCUUUCUUUUGGCUUAUGACUGGAAUCCUUUGCUCACAAGAGAUAUGAGUCUCUUUCUGACAUCCUUAAGGAUACUAAAUUAUCCCUCUCUCUGACAUUAUAAGAUGAUGAACACCUAGUCAACCUGAAUAUUAUAAAUAUUGCGAACUGAAACAUUUUAUUUUUUAUAUUCAUGAUUAUGCUACAGGUAGUCGACAACCAACACAACUUGUUUUCCCAUCAUAAUCUAUAUGUGUUUACUGCAUUGCUAUUAUUGAUACAGUAGCAUACUUGCCUUUUCUGCAUGGCUUUCAGAAAAACAAAAAAAACAAAAACUAAAGUAGCCAAGUAGUGGCUAUAAAACGUUUUUCCUUGUCAGUUGUUUAGAUUCUGAUUGCCUCAGUUCAGUUUAUUGAAUAACCCUGGCUGUAUAUUUGUUUUCUAGGUCCCUCAAUCUAAAUGCAGUGAGACAUGCCCACCUGGGUACAGAAAAUCCAAUCCAAAACAAAAAAUAUGCUGCUAUUCUUGUGUUCUGUGCUCUUCUGGUGAAAUAUCCAAUCAAACUGGUAUGCAAAACUAAUAAAUGGUUUCUAUUUUAUCAUGUUAAAUUGUCAUUUUUGUUGCUUUUAUGAUUGGUCCUUUAUUGUGAAAUCAUGUGUGUGGUGGUACAUUUUAUUUUUUGAAAAUGUUAUGAUACUAACACUCAUGAAUGCAAUAACCCAGUUUCGUAUAUGGUAAAUCUGCAAAUCAGGUGAUUUUAACACAAUAAUUCAGUGUGAAAAUAGACUGCAGCUUUUGAAAUAGACAUUGAUUUGUGGUGAAUUACAACCAUAAUGCUAAAUUUAGAGUUAAGAAAAAAGAAAUCAAUAAACAAAAUAUUAAAGGGACUCACUCAUCAUUUUGAAGGCUUUGGCUUCUUAGUCCUGAGAUAUUUUUCUCACAAUUCAAAUUCAUAUAGUUUUGUUAAAAUGGAAAAAAAGCAUUUUAAUUUUCUGCAGAUUAACAGGCUGAUUAGUGAUGACCCCUUUUCACACAUUAUGCAUCUGUACUGACCUCUGCCUCUCUGUAUGCAGUUCAGACACGGAGAGCAAUGUAAUCUAGGCAACUGGGAGCCAAAGGCUGUAGAAUGGAGGAAGAGGACAGCGAGCCAUGUUGGCUGGUGAAGUUUUAACAACUCCAUAUCUGGAUAUUACAACACCAUUUAUUUCUAUAAACGUAUCACAUUGAAACAAAUUUUAAAAAAUAUAUGUUAAUGUCCAUUGAAAAUGAUGAGUUUACUCUCUCUUCCUAGAAAUUCUUUAUAGACUGAGCAGAUACUUUUUUUUGGAUGAUAUUUGAAUUAUGAAUUGUAAAAUGAUAAAAAUAUUUUUUUUUUAAAUAUUGGUGGUGGAUCCUGUUGUGUAUCAGUGCAGACGUUUGAUCACCUGGCUCAGUAACAUUAGGUGACUGCAAUGGGAAGUGGCUUCUUAAAUAUCCUAACACCAGUGAGAUCCCAUUUAGCUUAACGUUUAAUGCAGGUUUGUAUAUUGAUUAAAAAAAAUGCUUAGCCAGUUAAUACAAACAAAAUUGUAUCACAAAGCAGAAUCUUUGGGAUUCCAGAAUUGAAGAUUGUGCAGUACCUCAAUAUACAACACUAUUUGCACAUUCACACUACAGAUAAUGACUUAACAAACACGGCAGACAAGCGGUUAAAUUUAACACCCAUACACGCUGCAGACAAGAGUUUAAAACAUGAAUCUAGCAUUUGUCCCAAAUAGAAGGAAUUGAGACUUGCCUGUCAGGGUAUAUAAUUGGCUGGCUUCCAAGCCAACUAAUUACUACAUUCUUACUGAAAUUCUUCAGGUGGGAAGGACUUUGUAAGGGCUUUUAUCACCUUGAAUCCAUAGUCUGUGUGAAGCUCUCAAUAUGCCCACCUUGAUUGUGUUUGCUGGAAUCAUUUUGCAAUCUCAUUGAAAAAAUAGUCAAAUUUUGACUACAAAACCUUACUGAAUAUACUGAGGAAAGUCGUGCUCCAAAUAUGUUACAGCAUAUGUUGCUCCCUAUACUGGAACCUCACACGUAAACAAUCACAUCUGUCGUCUACUGGAGGAUAUUUCAGAUUUCUGUUGCAUAGUCUCUAGUGUGGAACCAAAUAUUUAAUAAAAAAGUGGCACAAUUUGUUUGAUAAAUAUGCAUUGUACAAGUGUAUAUAUGUAAUUGUUAAUGCAUUGUAAUUUCUAAUUUCAGAUAUGGAUAAUUGUCUUGAGUGUACUGAGGAUGAAUAUCCUGACACCAAUCAAGUCUUUUGUCUGCCAAGAACCAUUGAUUAUUUAUCCUACCAUGAAUCUCUUGGUGUAAUGUUGGCAUUGUUUGCAAUAGUGUUAUUUUUUACUACAGCUGCCAUACUUGGCAUUUUUAUAAUGUACAGACAUACACCCAUAGUACGAGCCAAUAAUAGGUUUCUAAGUUACGUCAUCCUCUCUUCUCUCAUGUUUUCUUUCCUCUGUCCCAUGUUAUUCAUUGGCAUUCCUGUGAAGAUCACAUGCUUGCUUCAGAAUGCUGUUUUUAAUAUUAUAUUCGCUAUUACAUUGUCAUCAGUUCUGGCAAAAACAAUUACAGUUUUAAUAGCCUUUUCUGUUGUUAAGCCAGGAAGCAAGUUCAGAAUAUUUUUGGGAUCGAGGGUAUCCAUCUUUAUAGUUUUGUUUUGUUCCUUUAGUGAAGUUGGAAUCUGCUUCUGGUGGUUAACAUCCUGGCCUUCAUUCCCAGACAAAGACUCACAAUCAGCAGUUGGGAAACUAAUACUUCAUUGCAAUGUUGGCUCUCUCCUUUUGUUUUAUGUUGCUCUUGGUUAUAAUUGGUUCCUGGCACUUUGUAGUUUUAUUGUAGCUUUUCUAGCCAAGCAGUUGCCAGAUCUAUUUAACGAGGCUCGUUAUAUCACUUUCAGUAUGAUUGUGUUCUGCAGUGUUUGGGUCUCAUUUAUCCCAGCAUAUAUGAGCACCAAUGGGAAAUACAUGCUUGCUGUAGAAAUAUUUGCUAUCCUGGCUUCCAGUGCAGGGGUUCUGGGAUGUAUAUUUUUUCCUAAGUGCUACAGUAUCAUUUUAAGGCCUAAAAUAAACAAUAACCAUUCUUUACGCAAAACAGGUUUCUAAUAGGUGCUUGUUUGGCCUAUAGUAUAAGAAGAAGCCAACUGCUUAUGAUGAAUCAUCAGUCCUUCUUUGUGACUACAGUUUACUUUAGAAUACCAACAUAGGAUUCCAAACAACAAAAGUUAAAAAAAUUGGAUAUGGGUGCAUUGGCGCUAUUGAAUUGGGAGAGAUGCAGCAACCCUAGUGUCAAUAAUCACACAGAAGACACUACAUAAAGUGCAAAAAAAAGUACAAAAUACAGGGUGCGCAAUUAAAAACACCACCACACAAUGUGAUAUACUUAUAUCAAGGAGGACCUUACAAUUUGUCUUUAGUUAUCUGUAAAAUACAAAACUGUGGGGGCGGAGCCAAGCAGCCGAGCUGAAUGGCCGCGCAUUUUCUGAGCGCUGACCACGGAACCCAUAAACAUACUUCACAAGACCCUAAAAUCAAGCUAUCCACAACCGUCGAACCCCCCACGAGACAGUGGACACACCAUGGGUCGCAAAUCUAAAAAGAUGAAGCCAGAAAAACCACGGAUGGGCUUCGAUAUCAGAGACAUGCUGCGGCAGGCAAGUGGAGUGACAAGACCAAAGAUGGCCUACUACCCAGCAACGUACUCUGAACUCUCAGACGACAUGUCCCCUGAUGAGGAAAGCGAGAUCCCCCUUGGGAACCCAAGAGUAGCACAAAAGCACACCGACCAAGACAAUGCACCAGUGACGGCGGCAGUGCUGAAAGCACUCCUGGCGGAUCUCAAGAAGAGCAUCCAAAUGGACCUCGCAUUACUCUGCACAGGCAGAAUGGCGGUGGUGGAAGCCGUGUCUGAUACCUAAGCCCAACAGAUUGCCACACUUCAGGAGGCCAUCAGGGGGCUCCAGCGACACAGUAAACAGGCUGAAUGCCGCUUCUCCGCCAUGGAAGACUGGAGGCGGAAAAACAACAUUAAAAUUAGGGGUAUCUCGGACGAAGUGCCGACGGCGGAAUUACCGCUCUUCCUAAGGCACCUACUAGGCACUAUACUUACCCCACGACAAGGCAAACUGGUGGGAAUUGAUGGGUUCUUCCGGGUACCAAAGUCCCCACGAGCACCGGACAACGUACCAAGGGACAUGGUCCUCCAGCUAAUGAGCGGGAAAGAUAAAGCAGCGGUGAUGGCGGCGGUCAGAGACCACGCGCCAUAUAAAUUUGAAGACAUGUCUCUCACUUUCUUCCCGGACCUAUCAGGGAGCAUACUAGCUUGGAGAUGAUCGCUCCGACAUAGAAACAUAGAAACAUAGAAACAUAGAAUGUGACGGCAGAUAAGAACCAUUCGGCCCAUCUAGUCUGCCCAAUUUUCUAAAUACUUUCAUUAGUCCCUAGCCUUAUCUUAUAUUUAGGAUAGCCUUAUGCCUAUCCCACGCAUGCUUAAACUCCUUUACUGUGUUAACCUCUACCACUUCUGCUGGAAGGCUAUUCCAUGCAUCCACUACCCUCUCAGUAAAGUAAUACUUCCUGAUAUUACAGGGAGUGCAGAAUUAUUAGGCAAGUUGUAUUUUUGAGGAUUAAUUUUAUUAUUGAACAACAACCAUGUUCUCAACGAACCCAAAAAACUCAUUAAUAUCAAAGCUGAAUAUUUUUUGAAGUAGUUUUUAGUUUGUUUUUAGUUAUAGCUAUGUUAGGGGGAUAUCUGUGUGUGCAGGUGACUAUUACUGUGCAUAAUUAUUAGGCAACUUAACAAAAAACAAAUAUAUACCCAUUUCAAUUAUUUAUUAUUACCAGUGAAACCAAUAUAACAUCUCAACAUUCACAAAUAUACAUUUCUGACAUUCAAAAACAAAACAAAAACAAAUCAGUGACCAAUAUAGCCACCUUUCUUUGCAAGGACACUCAAAAGCCUGCCAUCCAUGGAUUCUGUCAGUGUUUUGAUCUGUUCACCAUCAACAUUGCGUGCAGCAGCAACCACAGCCUCCCAGACACUGUUCAGAGGGUGUACUGUUUUCCCUCCUUGUAAAUCUCACAUUUGAUGAUGGACCACAGGUUCUCAAUGGGGUUCAGAUCAGGUGAACAAGGAGGCCAUGUCAUUAGAUUUUCUUCUUUAUACCCUUUCUUGCCAGCCACGCUGUGGAGUACUUGGACGCGUGUGAUGGAGCAUUGUCCUGCAUGAAAAUCAUGUUUUUCUUGAAGGAUGCAGACUUCUUCCUGUACCACUGCUUGAAGAAGGUGUCUUCCAGGAACUGGCAGUAGGACUGGGAGUUGAGCUUGACUUCAUCCUCAACCCGAAAAGGCCCCACAAGCUCAUCUUUGAUGAUACCAGCCCAAACCAGUACUCCACCUCCACCUUGCUGGCGUCUGAGUCGGACUGGAGCUCUCUGCCCUUUACCAAUCCAGCCACGGGCCCAUCCAAUCAAGACUCACUCUCAUUUCAUCAGUCCAUAAAACCUUAGAAAAAUCAGUCUUGAGAUAUUUCUUGGCCCAGUCUUGACGUUUCAGCUUGUGUGUCUUGUUCAGUGGUGGUCGUCUUUCAGCCUUUCUUACCUUGGCCAUGUCUCUGAGUAUUGCACACCUUGUGCUUUUGGGCACUCCAGUGAUGUUGCAGCUCUGAAAUAUGGCCAAACUGGUGGCAAGUGGCAUCGUGGCAGCUGCACGCUUGACUUUUCUCAGUUCAUGGGCAGUUAUUUUGCGCCUUGGUUUUUCCACACGCUUCUUGCGACCCUGUUGACUAUUUUGAAUGAAACGCUUGAUUGUUCGAUGAUCACGCUUCAGAAGCUUUGCAAUUUUAAGAGUGCUGCAUCCCUCUGCAAGAUAUCUCACUAUUUUUGACUUUUCUGAGCCUGUCAAGUCCUUCUUUUGACCCAUUUUGCCAAAGGAAAGGAAGUUGCCUAAUAAUUAUGCACACCUGAUAUAGGGUGUUGAUGUCAUUAGACCACACCCCUUCUCAUUACAGAGAUGCACAUCACCUAAUAUGCUUAAUUGGUAGGCUUUCGAGCCUAUACAGCUUGGAGUAAGACAACAUGCAUAAAGAGGAUGAUGUGGUCAAAAUACUCAUUUGCCUAAUAAUUCUGCACUCCCUGUAUUUUUAAACCUUUGUCCCUCUAAUUUAAGACUAUGUCCUCUUGUUGUGGUAGUUUUUCUUCUUUUAAAUAUAGUCUCCUGCUUUACUGUGUUGAUUCCCUUUAUAUAUUUAAAUGUUUCUAUCAUAUCCCCCCUGUCUCGUCUUUCCUCCAAGCUAUACAUGUUAAGAUCCUUUAACCUUUCCUGGUAAGGUUUUAUCCCGCAAUCCAUGAACCAGUUUAGUAGCCCUUCUCUGAACCCUCUCUAAGGUAUAAAUAUCCUUCUGAAGAUACGGUCUCCAGUACUGUGUACAAUACUCCAAGUGAGGUCUCACCAGUGUUCUGUACAAUGGCAUGAGCACUUCCCUCUUUCUACUGCUAAUACCUCUCCCUAUACAACCAAGCAUUCUGCUAGCAUUUCCUGCUGCUCUAUUACAUUGACUGCCUACCUUUAAGUCAUCAGAAAUAAUCACCCCUAAAUCCCUUUCCUCACAUGUUGAGGUUAGAACUCUAUCAAAUAUUCUGUACUCUGCCCUUGGGUUUUUACGUCCAAGAUGCAUUAUCAUGCACUUAUCCACAUUAAAUGUCAGUUGCCACAAUUCUGACCAUUUUUCUAGUUUACCUAAAUCAUUUGUCAUUUGGCUUAUCCCUCCUGGAACAUCAACCCUGUUACAUAUCUUAGUAUCAUCAGCAAAAAGACAUACCUUACCAUCAAGACCUUCUGCAAUAUCACUAAUAAAACUAUUAAAGAGAAUGGGUCCAAGUACAGAUCCCUGAGGUACCCCACUGGUGACAAGUCCAAGCUUCGAAUAUAUUCCAUUAACUACAACCCUCUGUUGCCUGUUACUCAGCCACUGCCUUACCCAUUCAACAAUAUUGAAUCCAAACUUAAAGAUUGCAGUUUAUUGAUAAGCCUUCUAUGUGCAACAGUGUCAAAAGCCUUACUGAAAUCUAGGUAAGCAAUGUCUACUGCACCACCCUGAUCUAUAAUUUUAGUUACCCAAUCAAAAAAAUCAAUAAGAUUAGUUUGGCAUGAUCUCCCUGAAGUAAACCCAUGUUGUCUCUGAUCUUGAAAUCCAUGUGUUUUAGAUGUUCAUCAAUCCUAUCCUUUAACAUGGUUUCCAUCACUUUCCCCACUACUGAAGUAAGGCUUACUGGCCUAUAGUUGCCCGACUCCUCCCUAUUACCUUUCUUGUAAAUGGGCACAACAUUCGCUAACUUCCAAUCUUCUGGGACUACUCCUGUUAACAAUGAUUGGUUAAAUAAAUCUGUUAAAUCUGACCUUUUACAUCACUCCUCCAACAAAAGCAGAUUCCAUACCAGUGGCGGUAAUCCCGUACCUUAAUGAUCCAGCACGGGGGGAACAAGCUCCAGGUAAGAGAUCUCGAGGAGGCAAAGGCCACACUGCCCACCCUUAAUCUACCUCCUGACGCCCUGUCACUAACCAGAGCAGAGGCAGCAGGCAGCACUCCACACCAAUUGAACCCCAGAAGCAGUGAUCCCUUUCUCCCCCCGACGGCCGAUGCAGCGGCCACCACCUGAGGACAUUGUUGAGACGGACAGUUCUCUAAUACCACUUCCUCAGACACUGCCUAGGGCAACAGUUAACAAUGCUAAUUUUUCUGCUCAUCUUUUUACACAUUUUUGGCCCACGUUUAUAAAUUCCAGCCCCACUAAGAUAUACACAUAUGAGAGCUCACACACAAACAGCUCACCCGAAGCUUGACAGCCUACCUUGAGCCCCAUACAUCCCCCCCCUCCCCCCCCACACACCUCCUAAGACCUAUGUACAUAUAAUACUAAUUUGACUAGUACUGGAGGCAGUCAGCAGCGAACUACUAACCCACUCCGGAACAAACACAACACACCAGAGAUACUUAAUAGUGCCCGGAGAUGGAUGGCCGACUCUAUACCUAUCAUCACACACAGCCUGUUACACACAAUACUCCACCUUAACAACAACACUUAAACAUUUAAAAUGUGCUAUUUAAAUGCAUGCCAUGAUACCAUUGUUCCUUGAAUGCUUUAAUAACGUUAGGUAUAGCUAUUGUGGCAUACUGAAUUUGUCUGUUAAUAUGUGCACAAUACAAAUAAAGAAUUUAAAAAAAAUACAAAACUGUACAUAGUGUAAUAAUGUAUAUAUACAGCUAUUUAAGUACACAGAGGUUAUGGGUCACUCACUCUUCCCAGAGCCACGUAUAGCAGGCUCUGGCUGUGAUGGCUUAUCAACAGAUUAAGUUGCUGGAAUGAAUCCUGGAAUUCUGUUACUCCCAAAUAUUCAGGAAACUUGAAGGGUUUUCACAAAUAGAUUUACUUCAAUGAAGUGCAGAAAACAGGAUAUAGCAGCAGACAAAUAAUAAAAAAUGUCCAAAGUAAAAGCACAACACGAUUCUUGUCCUGAAAAUGAUUUAAAGCCUGUAAAAAUUCUAAACCUAAAAUUAAGAAAAUUGAACGCUUUAAAUAAUUUUCAGGAUAAGAAAAAUUCCAAAUAGGAUCCUUCAUCACUUUAAAUUCUAAAAGUGUUGUGUAUGUGCAAAUAAUGUAUGUUUAGCUUUUAUGUAUAGAUAUAAAAGCAAGAAAUAUCACAUUGCGUGGUGGUGUUUUUAUUUUGUACUUGUUUUUGCAUAUGAUUCCAAUUGCCUACUAAGUAAAAUACAUAUUUUGUUUGUAAACUUUCAAAGAAAAAUGCAGUUUUCCAAACCAAUGUUUCCGUACUGAUACAAAGAGACCUAUGUUCUUGUAAAACAGAGGAGUUUGUCAUGUUACUGUAGGAGUCUCAAACACAAAUUAUAAGGGUUUAGACAUUGUUUGAGAAAUGAUAAACAGUGACAUAUUAACUAGAGCAUAUAUGACCAUCACAUUUAUUUUGUUUUAAGAGUUUUCCAAAAGUUUAAUCACACAUGGCAAAGAAGAAGACAUAUUUAUAAAUAGCAUGCUAAAAUAAGUUCUGUGGGUAGGCAACAUGAUGAUACAAUAUAGAAAAAAGAGAGGAGAUACAGCACUAAGUCAAAAGUCAGCUAAAUAGAGUCUGUUACUUGGAUACCCCAACAAUCCAAGAAGAAGCAUGAGGAAAGGAAGAGAAGAGACUGCAUCAAAUAUGAAUUACUGAAUAAGCAAGUAUAGAUAUGUAUAUAUAGACAUAAAAUAUGAAUAAUUUGUAUACUUUAUUUAAAAUAGCUUGAAAUAUAAUAAAUGUCCCAAAGAGAAAGUCUUUAUGGUAAUAAACCACCUGUUGGAAAAAGUGCUCUUCUUGGAGGUCAACCUGAUAUCCUCCUUGAGAGACAAGUAGAUAGAUCUACAGAAGAGACGAGCCAUUCUGUUAUUGGUGUCUCAUAUGAAAUAGAAACACAAGAAAAACACCAGUAGUGUAACCCAGUUUAUACAAUAUCUUAGGUUAUAUACAGAUAAGAUACACUCACACGGAGUGACAAAGGCAAAAAAGGACCACAAACUGGUGGUCACAGACCUCUCUUUUAGCGUUAGUAUCAUUUUAGCUGGGAUAUCCAACAGAGGGUAUCUCUAAGGUCCUGGGUAAUAUUAGAGUUAUGUUAGGAUACAGUUAGGAUUAGCGUUAGGUGUAGGAAUAGGGUAAAGUAAUGGUUAUUGCUAAGCGAGAGUUAAUGCUGUUUUAGGGUUAGGGAUACUUUAGGGUUAAGGUUAGUGGUAAAGUUUUAGUAGUCAUAUAGUAAGAGUCAAUGCAACCCCUAGGGUUAAGAGUGGUAUAGAGGUGGGAGGGACAUAUAAGUCAUUUAACAAUCAGGAAGAGGGCCGUGGUUUAGACAUCAAACUGCAGGGAUGGCUGAGCUGAGAGCUCCCACAACUGUGCCGGAAAAAUGGCUAUUCUAAUCGCUCUUUGCAGGUGUACCCUACCUCAAGCAGUUCUUCAAUUGCUCACCAUAAAGGAUUUACAAAAUAAGCAUCAUAAAAAAGAAACAAUUUUUUGACUUUACUAUUUCCAGCCUACCGCUAAACUUAGAUGGGAUCCCAGAUGGCGCCUACCUAAGUACAUAAGACCCUCCGUGAUGUUGCAGAGUUGAAUUCUUUGAUCUCAUGCUCUAAUGGCACCACUUAAAUCCUUUAUCAAAAGAAAACAGAACAUAUUUAGCUCAGGAAAUAGAGUGGAGUGAUGCAAACAUAAAGUCAGAAAUUCAAGCCUUAAAGGUGAGAAUCAUGGACCUGGCGAUAUGGAUAGAGGGAGUGAUGGCAGCCCACAAUGCUCUGGUAUAUAGAUCUAACAACAUGCACUACAGGCUGUACACUUUGGAAUCGAUGAUGCAGGAUCUUUCCAAUUGUUCUCAACACAACAACUUGAGACUGAUUGAGUGAUGGCUGCCUGGAUGGGUCUAACAACAUGCAGGACUGGAUGUCCACUUGGAAUCGAUGAUGGAGGGUCUUUCCAAUCGCUCCCGUAGCAACAACUUAAGAUAUCAGAUAUCAGAUUUUGACUGCCCGAAUCGUCAGGUGAGAACUCCUGCAGGUUAUCUUAGAUAUAUAUAGGUCCCUAUUUCGAGAGAUACCUGAUAAUAAAUGGCUCACAGGUCACUCAGAGCCCACAUGGCAAUGGGGGACACCCUGAAGAGAUGGAUUAGUUCACUUCCACUAUCACACCUAGGAAGCUAUACUUCAUAAAUGCAAUUGAAGCAAAACUCCCAUUUGCCUGGGAACAUCUAUUUAAAUUACUAGCAUUUUAACAAGGAAAGACCCAAGUCUUUCUGCCUUCUGGGAACCAUCACAAAUUUCUGCUAUCACUGGGAGUCUCUGAUGAUAUCUAAUUACCUCUCCUUUCCAUGCUGUUACAAUAUUACACCUACCUACAAAUUGGACCAUUGCAGAGGAAACACAGACUACAUAGUACUCUACCUGAAGACUAUUAGAAUCGGACACGUAUCUUAUCCUGUGUAUAUUACUAUAAGUUGUUAACUUAUGAACGUAUUAGACAGGAUGCUUAUCCUCAAGAGUCUAUCCUUUAGAUUCUAUGAUACUAUUUAAUCCUCUCCAUACUGGCCCCCUUUUUAUCCUUACAGGGCAAUCAUCCAUUUAGCUUUUGUUACUAUGCUAAAAUAGGCUAACACAAUAAAGGCCAGAUAUAUUUCUAUUUAAGCACUGAUAUUGGCUGACCCCAGAGCAUUACUCUCUAGAGGAAAAUGAGUAGCCAUAUAAGGUUAGGUCUUUCCUUUUAUACACUUUAUGGGAUUCUGUUAUGUGACCCCUUAUUUCAGUACUGUAUAUACUUGAGUUGUUUUGGACUGGUUAAUAGAUAUUUAACAUACUUUUCCAGGUCACACUUGUAUAUGGUGGACUAAGUGGGUUCUUUGUGCAUAUUUAGUAAUAAAUACUACACAAUAAAGAGACUUUAAAAUAUCUAUGCAACACCUUCUGCUUACUGCUUUUAUUACUACAAUUAUACCAAUAGGCUGACAAGAGAUGAUAAAAGAGAAAUAAUGAGGACUUACAGUCUUCUGGCACCAUUCAACUUUUAGAGCAUUUCAGGCUCCAGAUAUGAUUUCUUCAUAACAUGGGAUGUGGACACCACAUGGGCAGAUAGAAUGGACUUGUUUGGUAUGGAAGUGAUAUGCCACCCUCAAAGCAAAGACUCUGGAUGUAUUUUACGUCUUAUGUGGAACACUAUAUCAAUAUAUCAGUGAGAGUAUAUUAUUUUAUUUUAAUAAUAAUAGUAGCUAACCAGUUUGCAAUCUUUUUAAAAAAUAGUCUAUGGGACUGCUAUGUAUCCUUUUCAUGAUACAUUAUCUCUUAAUUUUGCUUAAUUGUUGAUCUAUCCCAGUUUAAUGUACUAUCCUAGUUUUUUUUCACAUGUUGUAUGGUUAUUAUAAAGUGAAAAAUAAGAGUUCUCCUUCAAUGUCUGUGCUCCUGGUGUUCAGGGGCAUUUCCCACCCUCCAGGUGGCUGCUGUUUAUGGACAGGGAGGCUGGGCUACCCCUAUUUGACCUGGUAGCAGGUUAGAGCAGGUUCUAUUUCAAGCACAUUUUUGUGUUCUUGUAGUGUUUAUUGUUUUGUUUUUCCUUUUUCUUUCUCCACUGCCAUGCUAAAUGCUGUGGAGGAGUACAAAGUGGUUGGCUUAUAACUUCAUAUAUGUCCUUCUUAUAUUUUUCCCUUCCUGAGAAUCGCCUACUAUUUUACUGACUAACGACUCUUAAAAUUAUCUUAUUGAAUGGAAAAGACUUGAAUAAUCCCAAAAAAGAGGCACCUUUUAUUCAAUUAAUUCAAAAGGAUUAAAGCAGAUAUUGCCAUCAUUCAGGAGACCCAUAUAUCCAAGACAUUUCAGAAAAGUAAUGGCGUUGAUAUUCUAAUCCAUAAAAAAUUAAAUUUUCAGGUGAUUCAUUUUCUAAGGAUACUGAAGGCAGGUAUGUUUCUCUUACAGGGAG